CUUAGCUGAAUUCUCUACAUGUUAUUGGGUUUCAUCUAUUCGAUCGACUCUCAAAUUUCAAACUUGGUGGGUUUUACUUCAAAAUUUUGCUUCCGAUAUUCUAGGUUUAACUCUCACUAGUUAUCUUUCCUUAAUCCUAGCCUCUGUUUUUUCUUAAAGAAAGAAACUGCAAAUUCAAAAGACCAUCGAGCUGUCUGAAAAUGGGAAGUGGUAAAUUAGGUGAUUCAGGUAUGAUUGCGAUCACGGCUAAGGUCAUGAUGGUUGUCGUCGUAUUUCUCUUCUUUGCGGUGGUCUUGGUAUUCUUCCUUCACAUAUACUCCAAAUUUUUCACGAGAGAGGACGCCAACCCGAAUGACGACACAAGGCGUCGCCGCCGCCGCCGGUUCGACUUCGCCGGUGGUUAUCAGGAAGUGAAUGCACUCCGGGGAGGCCUUGACCGUUCAAUCCUUAAAACCAUACCCGUAAUUCCAUUUGAUACCAAGGAUUUUAAAGAUGGAUUGGAAUGCUCAGUUUGUCUAAGCGAAGUCUGUGAAAGUGAAAAGGCGAGACUUUUGCCUAAAUGCAAUCAUGGGUUUCAUGUCGAUUGCAUUGAUAUGUGGUUUCAAUCUCAUUCCACUUGUCCUUUAUGCCGAAACCCUGUUUCAGAAAUGUCCUCUACGAAGUCCAUCAUUGUAGAAUCAAAUUCCGGGGCCAUUAGGGCACCAGUAGAAGAAGGCUCAGUAGCUUCCACAGAGACACGAAAUUUACCAACUAAUGUUCUGUUCUGGGGAGAUGAAACUACUACAUCAUCAGCAUCCACAAGUACUAGUAGGCCAGAUGGGGUUUUGAUGAUUGAUAUUCCAAGACAAAAUAGUGAAGAGGCAGAAGAAGAACAGAAAACACCUACACCGACACGAUUGAGAUCUUUAACGAGGCUUUUUAGCAGUUUGAAUCCUUGCAGUCCCAGAAAUGUAGAUGUAGAACAAGGAAGCAGGGGCCAGAGCUAGAGAUUGUUACACCUCUUGAAUUUGGAGAGGAGUGGAAUCUUAGGAACUAUAUAAUUUACUAGGUUAAAGUUAAUUGAUUGAUUCUUGAUGCAGAUGAGAAGUUGUGUGCAAUCUUUAGAUGUCUAUGUAUUGUAUAUGUGUAAAACAAAUUGCUAGGGCCAAGGGGCUUCUCUGUUUGAGAAUUGAGGGGAAUCUAUCUUCUCUUACAGGAGAGUAUUAGGAAUCUUUUUGUUAUUAAUGUGAGUGUUCAUUUGUUGUAUGGUUUCUACAAUUCAUUGUACGGCUUACUCGAAAUAUCAUGCAGGCGUUUGG